CAACUUCUUUCCUUUUAUUCUCAACUAAAAAAGUAUGUCGUGUAGUUAUGCUGUUGUUUAAUUAAUUGUAAACUUUUGUUUAUAUUUAUUAAUCAAGUAAAGAGCAAUUUUGCUCCUAAGGAAUGUCAAAGCAAUCAUAUUUUGGUAAGUAAGAUCGUUCAACAACCUAUCAUUGUCUGUCUUAUCUUGAGUAAGAAAUAAACAUAUGAUGAUAGGCCUGUAGAUUAUGCAAUUACUUGUUACGUUCUGUAAAGAUUAUUUGUGAAUCAAAAAUUUUCAAAGACCACGAUUUUAGAGGAGCAGGCCCAAGUAGAUCCAAGCAGUUAUACGUUCCACCAGGACCAAUGGGAAGACAAAGAAAAUUCCGUAAUAACAAACCACGUUUUCAAGAUUUAGAUGGUGAUGUAGAUAUGAUGCCUCACCAAGCUGAAAUGGAUAAAAGACGAUUCAAUCCAUAUGGUGGUUCUCAUAGAAACAAUAACAGAAAGAAGUAUAAUAAUAGAAAUGGAGGCAAAUCUAGACAUGGUGGUGAUCCUGAAAAUUCAUGGCACAAAGUAGUUAUUCCAUACGGAAAGAAGAUUGGGAAAGAGUUCAUCAUGAAAUCUAUCAAUUCUCUUUGCAAGAGUCCAUUUGUACCAAUCAAUUUUCAGUUUAAUAACACAGUUGCUGAAUUUUAUGUGUCUUCACGUGUACUGGCCAACCAAAUAAGAGAAGUUAACCGCAGAGUUACAACACCUGAUGGAUUUAAGAUGGCUGUCACUGUAAAUAGAUGUCCACAGCCAGUUACUACCAUUGAGCGAGAAUCAUUAAAGAUCAUUGAAGAGUGUAUGAGUUCUCAUUAUGAUGCCAUGACACAUGUUUUGGACCUAACUCGACUUUACCGUGAUUCACGGUUAUUUUCAGCGGGAAUCUAUGCACCUCUCAACAAACCUAAUGUUUUCCAUGCAGUAGUGAGAAUCAUCAAAGAGAGAAUACCCGAAAUUGAGGUUUUGAAUUUAACUGAUAAUAAGUUAUAUACAAUAGAUCCUUUGAGUUCAUUGGUUCCUGCCUGUAAACAAUUGAAAUCCUUAAUUCUAAAAAAUAACAAGGUAUAUAAUAUUUAAAUCCUAUUAUUUUAU